AUGGGCGCGCUCUGCUCAAGAACAGAGCCGGUGGAAGGAGCUCAGGACGAUUACGACCAGCACCAUAGGAAACAUCAUUCACAUACAGAUUUUAUGACUCGUCUAUCAAAACGCGCAAAGAUUUCUCGGAUGGGAGAGCCAGCUCUGGAUGAUGCCGCGGCUGCGCGAAAUCACAUCCAGGCCCAUGAUGCUGAGAUCUUGGCACGAGGUGUUCUUAUCGAAAAAACAGACGUCACUAAUGCCGUGACGCAAGAGCCUGGAGUGGUUGAGGAGUAUUUCAAGUUGCGACAACAAAUGGUAGCGCGGGAGAAGGCUCUGGAUUUUGACCAUAGUUGUCGCAUGCGCAGCACACCUGAAGAGAGGCGAGCGGAAGCUAUCAUCCAGAGAUUGAGGAGUGAGGAUGAGGAAAAUGUAUAUGCUCAGGCCGCACCACGAACAGGCUAUGGCGGCCAGCAGCACCCUCGUUUCCCCGGAGAUCAUUUUCUAUCGAACAAGCAUCUCAUCGAUCGAACGUCCUUGUUCCGCGUGGCGAAACAUAUGCCCAAGGGCGGUCACUUGCACAUUCAUUUCAACGCCUGUCUUGCUCCACAAGUCCUGCUCAAUCUUGCAAAGGAGAUGGACCGGAUGUUUAUCACCAGCGAUAUACCCCUUGUUUCGGACAAUGAUUUUAUUAAUUUCGAUCGAUGUGAAAUCCAAUUUUCUCUAUUGAGCCCAGAGAAGGAAACACCUGGCGACUUGUUUUCAGAGACAUAUCAACCUCGGCAGACGAUGCGGUUUAGAGAUUUUCUUGACAGGUUCCCUGGAUAUUAUGCAAAAGAUUCCACCAAUGUUGAUGAGUGGCUAUUCGAGAAACUCAUGUUUCACGAAGAGGAGGCGCAUAAUCAUUUGCAGACAGCAUCUGGGGCUUGGGAAAAGUUCAACGGGCGGACACGUAUGAUGAAGGGCCUCUUCAACUAUGCGACAGCAUACCGAAGAUACACUCGGUUAUGUCUGGAGGAUUUUAUGAAAGACAACAUCAGCUACGCUGAAAUUCGGCCCAACUUCAUGACCAGCAACCAACUUUGGACCGAUGACGGCACUCAACUCAUCGACAACAAGGGCAUCAUGGAACUGAUAAUCGAAGAGGUCAAAAACUUCCAGACCGAUAUGAAAAAGCAAGGAAAGUUCUUUGGUGGUCUGAAAGUGAUUUACUGUACACCUCGAUCAUUUGCGCCAGCGCAGAUCGAUGCCGCUCUCAAAGAGUGUCUUAAAUUUAAACAGAUGUGGCCUGAGUGGAUUGCAGGGUUCGACCUCGUCGGUGAAGAGUCCAAAGGGCGCCCCAUCAAGGACUUCAUCCCCGAGCUACUGAAGUUCCAGGAGGAUUGCGAUAGAGACGGCGUUGAAAUUCCAUUUCUGUUUCACUGUGGUGAGACAUUAGAUAUGGGAACCGAUACAGACGGCAACCUGGUUGACGCGCUCCUGUUGAAAUCGAAGAGAAUUGGGCAUGGUUUUGCGCUGGCUAAGCACCCUUACGUGAUGCAGCAUAUGAAAGAGGGCGGUGUUUGCCUCGAGCUGUGUCCCAUCUCAAAUGAGAUCUUGGGACUCACGCCUCGUGUCAACGGUCACACAAUGUAUCAGCUUCUUGCCAACAAUGUGCAUUGCACGGUCAGCUCAGAUAACGGCACACUAUUUAGAUCCUCCCUGUCUCAUGACUUUUACCAAGUAUUGGUUGGUAAGGCUGACAUGGGCCUUUUUGGUUGGAAGCAAUUGGCGUUGUGGAGUUUGGAGCACGCUUGUCUAUCAGAGUCUGAAUACAACCGCGUAUUCAGCGACUGGGAGCAGAAGUGGAAAGAGUUCAUCAAGUGGAUGAUUGAAGAAUAUGACGAGGAGCCGAAGGCUGUGUGA